UUUUAAGUAAUUCAGUUGCUGAUGCUUUAUCUUAUUGUGAAAGAGAAUUAGAGCUUAAAGAAUUCAGGGGAUGCGAGGCAAUUUGCAAUUUUAUUAAAAUUAUGAACAACGUGUUUGAUAUUUUUAAUAGUAGAUCCCUAAUUCCUCCAGGUUUCAAAAAGGCCUUGUGUGAAAAAAAUGUAACACCUACUGAAAACUUUAUCAACAAUGCAAUUGAUUAUAUUUCCCAGUUAAGGUUUUUUGAUGGUGAAUUGCUUAUAAAUUCAAAAAGGAAGACUGGUUUCUUAGGAUUAAUAAUAUCCUUGAAAAGUGCAUUAGCUCUGUAUAAUGAUUUAAUAAUGGACCAGAAAAAUUUAUUGUAUCUUCCCCUCUAUAAAGUGAGCCGGGAUCAUUUGGAUCUCAUGUUCAGCUCUUUACGAGCUAAACGCGGCUGGAAUAACAAUCCUACCAGUUGGCAAUUUACUGCUGUAUACAAAAGAUUAUUGGUGAGGGCUGAGAUUCGUGAUGGUGGAUUAGGAAAUUGUAUCGCACUUGAUUCUAUCAGGUUCUAGUAGGUUUAAAAAUCUCGAUUCAAAUAAUAAUGCGAUAAAUGAAUCAAGACUUGAUCUUACUGAGGACAAUCAAACUUACGAUUUACAGAGAAUCGGAGCGAUCAUGAAUAUAUAAUGAGUACUAAUGUAAUUCAUUGUUCACUACAAAUUGUCACUGGUUUUGUAGCUCUGCAACUAACUAGAACAAUUAAGUGCGAAAAAUGUUUAGGAGCUUUAUGAGGCAAUGAAGAAAAUGUCCUAACUUCUUUAAUAUCAAAAAAAUACCCUUCCAAGGACAUUAUAGAAAUUUGUAAAGUUUCUGAACAUUUUUUGAGAAUCAACGAGAACCUUGACAAAAAAGAAUUUUUUGAUAUUUUUAAAAACAAAAUAAGGUUCAAUUGUAUUGAAAAUAAUUAUUUUAGUGAAUUGAAAGAUCACAUUUUAAAUUGCAAUAGCAACCACAUAUAUUUUCUCACAGAAUCUGUUAUUUCAAAAUACCUCAACAUUCGUAUACAUUUUAUAACAAAAAGAAGGUCUGAAAUAAUAGAUCCUAUUCGAAAUCAUCUCCAAAAACCAUAAUAUUUAAGGGUCAGUAAUUCUGCUUAUUUUAGAUGUACAUACUUAUAUUAGUUAUAUUUGUUUGUUUGCUUAGUUAUUUUCAAUAUACAAUGUUUAUUUUAUAUUUUUUAUAUUGUUUAUUUAC